AUGCCGUCGUGGAAUGACGGAGAGAGCAGCGAGGACAGCCUGCUGUCCGAUUUCGACUACGGCCACGACCUCAGCCCUCGCAAGCCGAUACUAGAAACAAUUCUGGACACCGAGUUCACUGGGUACGACGAUUGCGAUUUGAGGUGCAACCAUGAUAUGCCAAUGUACAAGUUUGUUUGCUUCGAAGGAGAGAACACGGGCAGGAGAUUUCUGGCUUGUGGAUGCAAGGAUGAGGAGAUGUGUGACAAGGUUGAGUGGGUAGAUGGGCCAUGGCCACCUUCACUGCAGAGGAGUAUGGUCAAGCUUUGGGCCAUGCAUGAUGAAGAGAGGGAUAGUAGGAUACAUGGUAAUGUAGAGUAUGCCACUAAGAAUUACCAACUGACAUUACAGAAAAAAGAGUUAGAGAAGAAGAAUAUGGAGUUGCACAAGCAAGUGGGCAAUGCUCUGGGGUAUGUUUCAGAGAUAACUUCUCAUGACCUUGAGCUUAAAGUGGCAAAGAGAGAGAAGGCAGAGCAAGAAGUGAUAUCAUUGAGGGAAGAAAAGAAGAGGCUGGAGCAUGAGCUGGAGGAAAAGAAGAGGCUGGAGUACUAUGUUGCAGAACUCCUGAAGCAAUCCCAUGCUCAGAAGGACAAGAUGAAGAAGAUAGCUGAGAUUUGUGGAGAAUGA